CAGCGGCCGCGACUUUCCCGAGACCCCAGUCUUCCCGCGCCUAGCCGCCUCACCCCGUCUUGGGGACGGCCGCCGUCCUGCUCCGUACGCGGAAGGAGGGGCGUAUGCAAACAACCUGGAGCUCCAGGCUCCUGAUUGGUCGGCCGGAGGCCUCCGCCGCCGGGCUCCGCGGCGCCGUGGGAAUGCGGGCGAGGCCCGCGCGCGCGUGAGCGACGAUGGGGACGCAGGGCAGCCCGGUCAAGAGCUACGACUACCUGCUCAAGUUCCUGCUGGUGGGCGACAGCGACGUGGGCAAGGGCGAGAUCCUGGAGAGCCUGCAGGACGGCGCGGCCGAGUCCCCGUACGCCUACAGCAACGGGAUAGACUACAAGACAACCACCAUCCUGCUGGACGGCCGGCGGGUCAAGCUGGAGCUCUGGGACACCUCGGGCCAGGGCCGGUUCUGCACCAUCUUCAGGUCCUACUCGCGGGGCGCACAGGGAAUCCUGCUGGUGUAUGACAUCACCAACCGCUGGUCCUUCGACGGCAUUGACCGGUGGAUCAAAGAGAUCGACGAGCACGCACCCGGAGUCCCCCGGAUCCUGGUGGGGAACCGGCUGCAUCUAGCCUUCAAGCGGCAAGUCCCAACAGAGCAGGCGCGCGCCUACGCGGAGAAGAACUGCAUGACCUUCUUCGAGGUCAGCCCGCUGUGCAACUUCAACGUCAUCGAGUCCUUCACUGAGCUGUCCCGCAUCGUGCUCAUGCGGCAUGGCAUGGAGAAGAUCUGGAGGCCCAACAGAGUGUUCAGUCUGCAGGACCUCUGCUGCCGGGCCAUCGUUUCUUGCACCCCCGUGCACCUCAUCGACAAGCUCCCGCUGCCUGUCACCAUCAAGAGCCACCUCAAGUCCUUCUCAAUGGCCAAUGGCAUGAACGCCGUCAUGAUGCACGGGCGCUCCUACUCGCUGGCCAGUGGGGCUGGGGGUGGCGGCAGCAAGGGCAACAGCCUCAAGCGGUCCAAGUCCAUCCGGCCGCCGCAGAGCCCCCCCCAGAACUGCUCGCGCAGCAACUGCAAGAUCUCCUAGCCACGGGAGGGUCAGCCUGGGAAUGCUCCUGGCGGGCUCUGGGCCCUGUGCUGUGUGCCGGGGACUUUGGCCACAUAGCCCCUCCUGGGAGGCAUGGGGGACGCAUCUGGUAGGCUAGUGGUCUCGGCCAGACCAGCUGCACAGGACAGCGGGGACCAUGCUGUGCAGAUGGUGGUGGAGCACGCCGGGACCCUGAGGAGUGGCCGAGAAGGGCCCCGAGGAGGCUGUGCCUGGUGAUGGCCUGAGGACUGGGGCUAGGCCCCCUUUCUUAUUUAUGUAACACACGUUUUGUACAUUUUUAAAGGACCAGCAGGGAAGCCUCUGUGCAGCCACGCAGUGAGCGCACAGCUGCUGAGGGGGUAAGCCUGGGAACACGGGGAGGGCGGUGAGGCUGAGACCAGAAGGGAGCCACCAUCCAGGCUUGAGUCUGAACUCACAGGGCACUUCACAUGGGGUGUGGCUGCGGGGGCCAGCGAGGGUCACGGGGACCCCCAGCUGCACUGUCAGCCUCUGAGCAUGGUGAUUGGUGCACCUGCCCCAGGACGCUAGGCUGCAGCUGCCAGGGUGCCCACCAGCCCUCCUGGAGGACACCCUGUGAGCCCCGAGCCGCGGGGUCAGGGCCGGGGUGACGCGCAGGUCUCAGCUUUCUUGGGAAAGGAAGUGGGCACACCCCCACAUCCCUCCCCCGCGCCCUCUCCCCACUCGGGGGCUGACAGCCUUGAGAUUCUGCACCUUCAGUUCCAUUUGUACCUAUUGCCACGCGAAGUUGGCUCAGCCUCUUUCCUAGUUGAGGACACAGCUGUUUGUAGGCAGGCAGUACUCGCUGGGCCUUGAGGCCAGGGUAGGUCUGGACCGAGCCAGUCCCACUUGCCCUGGAGUUUCUAGACCCUACUCUGGUCAGCUUCAGUUUCCUGGCCUUGGGUAGGAUCCGAUAGCUGCUCCUCACCCAGACUCACCCCUCUGUGAGGUCACACGUCACAAUGUGAGGUCACACGUCACAAGAGCCUUCCUCACCCAUUUCUUCGUGGUGGACACUGAACCCCUCCUCGAGGACCCACCAGCCAGCCUGAGCUGGAGGCCUGGCUUCCUUCCGUCCGCCUGGCUGGUGACGUGGCCACAGGUCACACUGGUGCUCAACUCUACCUCCUGCCUGUGGGCCCCUCCCUGGCCUGUGACCCCUUGAUCAGGACUUGUGUGGUGGGUGCCCUGGGGGCUGCUGUCCUGGGAGGUGAGGUGGGGGGAGCCGCAGCAUCUGUGGACGGGCGCCGGCUGCCAGCAGGGCCUGCAGAGGAGGCCCACCCAUCCCGGCUGCCAGCGGGCGCCCCUUUGGACUGUGUGGAGGGAACGGACGGGCCUGCGUUCACCGUGUCAACACUACCCUUUGCUGCUGUCCACACCUGCACCAUUCCUGGGCCUGUCUUGGGACGGUUUUUUCUUUGUUCAGUAAACAUAAUUCAGCUCUGG